UAUAUCUAACCAAAAAUAUGGAAAUUUUGAUUUUCAUUGUGCUUUUAACUUUUACGAGGUCUCUUGCUUCUGAUCAAUCAUUAUACGUUGAGCCUCCAACAAGACCAGAUAUAAACUCCAUACAUGAGGUCAAAUAUGGGUUUCCUGAGGGUCAAAUAUUCAGAACGCCUGAUGGAUCGCUGUAUAUCGCCAUAGAUGCUCCUAAUGUUAGAGUUGGUUUUUUGGAUGGUAAUGAGUUUCAUCCUGGGAGUAGAAGCGUUGUAGCAUUGACUCUAGAAGAAAUCGUGCUUUACAACAGGAUAAGAAACCGAAAACCGCAACACGAAGGAGAGUAUGUGAUACCGUUUGUCUUCUAUAAGAGAGGCGAUAAGAUGUAUCGUCUAGUUGCACAAGGAGAACCUAGACAGGUUGGCGUAGCAUGUGGAACGUGGCAGAUGCUUGACUAUGAACAACAUCUGAGAAAACGAAAGAUACUCAUCCAUCCUAUACAGGGUGAUAUGUUGAUGCGUUUAACACACUUCCCUUGUGCAUCUCAAAAUCAAAUGUGUCGAGAAGAGCAUUUUGCAACAUUUUUGAAUGGCAAGUGGAUCGUGAAGAAUCUGCUUCGUCGUCAUGGAGAAGUCGAAUGAAUGGUCUGUUAAGGAUUUUGCUCCUCCUGGCGGUUUUUGCCACAAUUAGAUUUUU